CUCUAGCUUCGACCUCCAUAAAAUCUCUGGCCUGAGAAUUUGUGUGAAUUUCUACUGCCCACCAGACUCGCAGAGCCCACCAGAUCACCAGCCAUGAGGAUCCUUUACUUCUUCGUUGCUGUUGUCGUCCUCCUCUUCCAGAUUUGCCCAGGUUAUGCUCAGGGUCCUCCUCCUGAUCUCGGCGAUACUCUUGCCUGCAGAGCAAAGGGGCAGAGUUACUGCAUUUUUGGUCCAUGUCCUCCAACUUUUAGUGUAUCCGGAAAUUGCCAUGGAGGAUUGAACUGCUGUACCAAGAUACUUGCCUGAGGACAACUCUGUGCUCUGAUUUCUCCACUUCCAUCAGAACCAGUUCUUUGCAAGAAGCAAGUCCACAGUACUCUUUUUCUCCUGACCACUGCAAGGAUGUUCUGAAAAUGUACCACAGUUGUGCACU